AUGCAACACCUCCUGGAGCAGUCGGCGGACAUGGCGACCGCGCUGCUGGCGGGCGAGAAGCUGCGGGAGCUGAUCCUGCCCGGCGCGCAGGACGAGAAGGCGGGCGCGCUGGCCGCGCUGCUGCUGCCGCUGAAGCUCGAGCUGCCGUUCGACCGCGUGGUCACCAUGGGCACCGUGCUCGUGCCCAUCCUGCUGGUCACCCUGGUCUUCACCAAGAACUUCGCAGAGGAACCCAUCUACUGCUACACCCCUCACAACUUCACCCGCGACCAGGCGCUGUACGCCCGCGGCUACUGCUGGACGGAGCUGCGGGACGCGCUGCCCGGCGUGGACGCCAGCCUGUGGCCCUCGCUGUUCGAGCACAAGUUCCUGCCCUAUGCGCUGCUGGCCUUCGCCGCCAUCAUGUACGUGCCGGCGCUGGGCUGGGAGUUCCUGGCCGCCACCCGCCUCACCUCUGAGCUCAACUUCCUGCUGCAGGAGAUCGACAACUGCUACCACCGGGCGGCCGAGGGCCGGGCGCCCAAGAUCGAAAAGCAGAUCCAGUCCAAGGGGCCUGGCAUCACGGAGCGGGAGCGGCGGGAGAUCAUCGAGAACGCGGAGAAGGAGAAGAGCCCGGAGCAGAACCUGUUCGAGAAGUACCUGGAGCGCCGCGGCCGCAGCAACUUCUUGGCCAAGCUGUACCUGGCGCGCCACGUGCUCAUCCUGCUGCUCAGCGUGGUGCCCAUCUCCUACCUGUGCACCUACUACGCCACGCAGAAGCAGAACGAGUUCACCUGCGCGCUGGGCGCCGCGCCCGCCGUGCGCGUGAGCUGCAAGCUGCCGUCCGUGCAGCUGCAGCGCAUCAUCGCCGGCGUGGACAUCGUGCUGCUCUGCUUCAUGAACCUGGUCAUCCUCGUCAACCUGGUGCACCUGUUCAUCUUCCGCAAGAGCAACUUCAUCUUCGACAAGCUGCACAAGGUGGGCAUCAAGACGCGCCGGCAGUGGCGCCGCUCGCAGUUCUGCGACAUCAACAUCCUGGCCAUGUUCUGCAACGAGAACCGCGACCACAUCAAGUCGCUCAACCGCCUGGACUUCAUCACCAACGAGAGCGACCUCAUGUACGACAACGUGGUGCGGCAGCUGCUGGCCGCGCUGGCCCAGUCCAACCACGACGCCACGCCCACGGUGCGCGACUCGGGCGUGCAGACGGCCGACCCCGGCGCCGACCCAGGCGCCGACCCCGCGGGCUCCGCCGAGCCGCCCGUGGUGAAGCGGCCGCGACGCAAGAUGAAGUGGAUCCCCUCCGGCAACCCGCUGCCGCAGCCCUUCAAGGAGCCGCUGGCCGUGGCGCGCGUGGACAGCGGCAAGGCCGACAAGCCCAAGCCCGUGCGCAGGAAGACCACCGACACGCUCAUCGCCCCGCUGCUGGACGCGGGCGCGCGCGCCGCGCACCACUACAAGGGCGGCGGCGGCGGCGGGGACUCGGGCCCCGCGCCCGACAAGAAGCACGCGCGCCACUUCUCCCUGGACGUGCACCCCUACAUCCUGGGCACGAAGAAGGCCAAGCCCGAGCCCACGCCGGCGGCCCUGCCCGCCUCCCGGAGCCAGGAGGGGGGCUUCCUGUCUCAGGCCGAGGAGCGGGGGCUGGGUCUGGGCGCAGCGCCCGCCAAAGAUGCUCCGCUCCCCGAAAAGGAACUCCCGUUCCCCGCAGAGCCCGGCAGGGCAGGGCUGCCCCCCGGGGGCCCGUUCCACGUCUGCUCGCCCCCGGCUGCCCCUGCCGCGGCCUCCCUGUCGUCACCAGCUGGCCUGGGCAAGGCCGACCCCCUCGCCAUCCUGAGCCGAAAUGCCACUCACCCCCUGCUCCACAUCAACACGCUGUACGAGGCCCGGGAGGAGGAGGACGGGGGUCCCCGCGUGGCCCCCGACAUGAGCGACCUCAUCGCCAUCCCCCCCACCCAGCAGCUGCUCAUCGCCACCUUCGACGAGCCCAGAACGGUUGUGAACACAGUGGAAUUCUGAGGGCUGAGGGCCGCUCUGCAUGAGCGCGGCCGGGGCCCUGCGUGGUCUCGGUGCCACGCGCCUCCCACUCGCCCCAGUCUCCCUCCCCCCGCCGCGGGGCCGGUGCCUGCCCACCCGCUCAGCGGGGAGCCUGGCCCCUCAUGGCAUCGCUGUGGCGCCGA